AUGACCGGGACGGAAAAACUUCCCCUCCUCAUCAUAGGGAAGGCCCUGAAGCCUCGUUGCUUCAAAAAUAUCCGUACACUGCCGGCGGAAUACACAGCCAACAGCAAGGCGUGGAUGACGCGGGAGAUAUUCAAACAGUGGCUAAUCAAGCUCGACCGCAGGUUUGAAUUGGCCAACAGACGGGUGCUUCUGAUUGUGGACAAUUGCUCGGCGCACGCGGUUGAUGUGGAACUAAAGGCGAUCAAGCUCGCAUUUCUGCCGCCGAACACAACAGCGGCCCUGCAACCAAUGGACCAGGGCGUCAUUAAGAACCUGAAGUGCUUCUACAGGCGUCACAUGCUCGAGCGUUUGGUGUUGUGCGCCAGUAUGAAAGACUACAAUGUGACGCUGCUCACGGCCAUGCAUAUGUUGGUGCGUGCCUGGAAUCUGGUGACGGCAACAACAGUCGCCAACUGCUUCCGCCACAGUGGCUUCUGCGCACCCGACGAAAGCCCAGGCACAGAAUGCGAGGCCGAGGUCAUCCCUGCCGGACUGCGUGAUGCGCUGGACAAUGUCAGCUUCGACGAAUAA